AUGAUGAGGCAAGAAAUUUUGCCGAUCUUCGGAAGCUCGCAGUUACUCAGCUUUAUAGCAUGUAUGACUCUAUUGGAUGAGUUCAACACGCUGGACCUUCCACGGUCAUCUGAGCUGUCGAUCAGAGAAGUAACUAAUGUACCAAACACCCCCAAUCUCCUAACGCCAGUUUUAGAAAAGCCUCCAGGGUAUGAUGCGCUAGCUCCUUAUACGAUUCUUGAUAGACUUCCAGGCCAUGGAAGAGGUCUCACUAAGCUCGGACUCUAUCUAGAUUUUGCUACUCAAUGGCGUUGCAGCAGUACCGACGGCCUUCCGGGUCCUAAUCCAGACCCCUUCGUAUCGCCUCAUGAUGCAUUGUGCUACAUAAAGCUAAUUUCCGCGCUAUGUCCUUCACUACGGUAUGUGAAAAUUGCAUAUCGUGCAUGGAAGAUUGAUGCUGGGUCGCAGGCAUCUACAGUUAAAUUGGACGAAAAUGAUGAGUUCUUUGAAGAGUGUUGGCAAUGGCGCGGUUGA